GGAUAAAAACGCUCUAAUGAAAACAUUCAAUCAAUUCAUUUUUUCUCUCAUUUUCUGUUUAUUAAUUCGAGCAAUCAUCAUGGCAUCCUCACUCCAAAAGUUGACUUCAGUCAUUCACAAGGCCAGUGCCAAGCACACUGCCACUGUCAUCUUCUUUCACGGACUCGGCGACUCUGGUGAGGGAUGGGCACCGGUUGGAGAACAGUUGGGAGAGCAUCUUCCCCAUGUCAAGUUUAUUUUCCCUAAUGCGCCCUCGAUGCCUGUGACUUUGAACUAUGGCAUGAAGAUGCCAUCUUGGUAUGACAUCAAGUCAUUGGCCAAUGUUGACCAGGAGCAGGAUGAGGAGGGCAUGUUCAAGUCACGUCAACAAGCGAUGGAAAUCAUCCGAGAAGAAGUUGAACAGAAUGGUAUUCCCGCAAACCGGAUUGUCAUUGGCGGAUUCUCUCAAGGUUGUGUGAUGGGGCUCUUGCUAGGAUUGACUUCUGAAUACAAAUUUGCAGGAAUCGUCUCCUUGAGCGGAUAUAUGCCUUUGCAUGGGAAGAUCAUGAAUAUGGCUUCAGAUGCCAACAGAAAGACUCCUAUCUUCUGGGGACAUGGUGAUCAGGAUCCUGUGGUCCGAUAUGAAUAUGGCCAACAGUCUGUGGAAUUGUUGAAAAAACACAAGUUCAACGUUAGAUUCAACACUUACCGUAAUAUGGGACAUAGCUCUUGCCCUCAAGAACUUCGAGAUCUGCUGAGUUUCUUUAAGGAGACCAUCCCAGAAACCACAAAUAGUGAACCCGUUUCAGCAAAGGCUUAGAGACACCUUAAUUGUAAUAAGAAGCUCAUAUUAGAGAAAUACAUAAAGACAACUUUGCGUCAUUCAUUUGUUCCACAC